UACAGUGUGUCAACUCUUUGUAUUAUAACUGUUAAUUCUGCCUGAGUGUCAGCAUCUGGCAACAAGAAGACAUCUGUAUACUCGUCGGUUACAAUGAUUUCCUGGCUGCUGCUGCUUCUCCACUGCUUUGCCAGCACGGGGAGCUCUGCUGUGUUCACCCAACAACCCACAGACUUGGUGGUGGUGGCAGGCCAGCCUGUCACCCUGCCAUGCUCCAUCCCUGGCUACCAUGGCAUGGUGCUCUGGCUGCGUGACGGCAUGGCCCUGGGUGUCAACAGGGAUUUGUCAGGUUACCCACGAUAUGACAUUGUUGGCGACCACAGUAAAGGAGAAUACCACCUCUUGAUCCAGAGAACAGAGAUUCAAGAUGAUGCUUUCUUUGAGUGUCAGGCCAUCCAGGCAGCGAUCAGAUCCCAACCAGCACGUCUCACUGUGCUGGUUCCUCCUGAUGACCCAGUGAUAGUGGGGGCCCCGGUGGUGAGUUUAAGGGCCAAUGACCACCUAAACCUGACAUGUCAUGCAGACAACGCCAAACCUGCUGCCUCCAUCAUCUGGAUCCGCAACGGCCUAGUCCUGAGUGGAGCUAUGUACUCAAAGACAUUGUUGCGGGAUGGUAAAAGGGAGAGCACGGUCAGCACACUCUACCUCUCUCCCUCCAACAUCGAGUCCGGUCAGCACAUCACCUGUCGAGCAUCAAACAAAGCAGCCCCCAAUGGCAAAGAUACCACUGUCACAAUCGACAUUCAGCACCUGCCAACUGUCAACCUCACCGUGGAGCCACAGCCUGUUCUAGAAGGAAAUCUGGUCAAAUUCCACUGCGCAGCCAAAGCCAACCCACCUAUCCUCUACUACAGAUGGGCCAAAGGAGGUCAUGUUCUAGACGUAGCAGGUGACACCUACGAGGUUCUUGUCGAUCACUCUUUCUUCACUGAGCCUGUGUCCUGUGAUGUCACCAAUGCACUGGGCCACACUAACAUCAGCAGAAACGUGGACGUCUACUUUGGGCCAAGGAUGUCAGCAGAGCCUCAGUCUCUGCAGGUCGACCUGGGGUUCGAUGCUGUUUUUAACUGUGCAUGGAUUGGAAACCCUUCUCUAACCAUCGUAUGGAUGAAACGUGGCUCAGGAGUGGUGCUUAGCAACAAGAACACUCUGACACUGAAAGCAGUAAAGCAGGGGGAUGCUGGGAAGUAUGUGUGCCGGGCUGUCGUCCCCAGAGUGGGAGCUGGGGAGAAGGAGGUGUUGCUCACUGUGAAUGGUCCUCCCACUAUCUCUAGCACCCAGACCCAGCAGGCACUCUACGGAGAGAAGGGUCAGAUCAAAUGCUUCAUCCGCAGCACUCCUCCUCCCGACCGCAUUGCCUGGUCGUGGAAGGAGACAGUGUUAGAGUCAGGGACAUCUGGACGCUACACUGUGGAGACAGUCAGUACAGAUGAGGGGGUGAUCUCUACACUGACCAUGAGUAACAUCAUCCCCGCUGAUUUCCAGACUAUCUACAACUGCACGGCAUGGAACAGCUUCGGCUCUGACACUGAGAUCAUACGACUCAAAGAACAAGAGACUCUUCGACUGGCUGUCAUUAUCGGUGUGACAGUUGGAGCCUUCCUUGCUCUCUCCAUCCUCCUGGGGACGUUAGCUGCUUUCUGCUGCACCAGAUUCCAGAGAAAGGAUGUCCAUCUGGUCAUGUCUUCUCUUCCCGUGUCCCUUUCACGCCAGAGAAAUGUGAAGACAGAGAAUCUCAAAGGAGUGGCUUCAGCAAAAAAUGACAUUCGGGUGGAGAUUGUGCACAAGGAUCACACUGCAGCACGGGAGAGUGAGGAACAUACGAACAUCAAACAGAUGAUGAUUGACCGUGGUGAGUUCCAGCAGGAGGCUGUGCUGAAGCAGCUUGAGGUGCUCCAGGAGGAAGAGAAGGAGUUCCAGCACAUCAAGGACCCCACCAAUGGCUACUACAGUGUCAACACCUUCAAUGAGCACCACGCUACCACCACCAUCUCCUUGGCCCCCAGCCAGACUCCUGACGUAGUUCGAAGCACACCCUCUGGAACAAUGACUGUUGGAAAGCAGCGGGUACCCACUGGAAUGUCCUUCACCAACAUCUACAACACCCUUGGUGCCGGUCCUAACCGUCUGUACGACUACAGCCAGCGCUUCGUCCUGGGCAUGGGAAGCAGCUCCAUUGAAUUGUGCGAGCGGGAGUUUCAGCGGAGCUCGCUCAGCGACUCCAGCUCUUUCAUCGACACACAGUGUGACAGCAGUGUCAGCAGCUACAGCAAGCAGGACAGCUAUGUGCAGUGUGACAAGGACAGCAAGACCUCAGCCUCUUCCUCUUCCCAUUAUUCUCAGUCCUCCCAGAACUCAGACCUCACCAGGCCUCUGCAGAAACGCAUGCAGACCCACGUCUAACAGCUUGUGGGGCCAUACUGGGAUUGCAAGGGAAAGUAAGGGAUGUUCCAAAGAGCCAUUUUACCUACACAGAUGUUUUUGAUCAGUAUUCCAACAAAGGGACAUAACAUGAUUUGUUGAUGCCAACCUUUGAACCUUUCAGUUCCCUGAUGGAACUCCUGGAAUCUAAGUGUGACUUCUUAAUUGCGAACCUACUUUACAAUAUCAUGACAAUCAUUUGUCUGCUUGUUUUGCUCAUAAAAAAAUAUGCAAACACAGUAGUUUGCUGCUGUUCCCUUUUUUUCACUUGGCAGACUGCCUACAUAUGUAACGACAGAGAGAAGGUUAGUUACAGAGAGAAUAUCAGACAGAAACAGCUAAAGUAACAAGCAGCUUUUUAUACAUGACAGAACUGGGUGAUGUUAGCUCAGCUGCUCCUCUGGUUUUGUUCAAAUCAGAAAAGCAAGCUUUGUUGAGGAGGAUUGGAAUGCAUUGAAAAAGGAAUAAAAACCUGGGUAAUGUAUUAAUUUUGAUGAUGUUAAGUUGACCUGCUAAUGAAAUUGGAAAAUUAGCCCAUCUAUCAAAGUCCUGUAUUGUUUUGUGAUAUAACUUUGAAAAAUCAUGUUUAAAAAGACUGGGGUAUUCCUGGGUUAUAUUAAUUCCCAAGUAUUUGAAUUUGUCUGAAAUUGAAAAUGGGUAGGACGUGAAAGCAUGAGUACUUUUGCGUGCUUUUUAAUUUGUUAGGAAUAAAAUGCUCUUUGAUAAAUUGAGUUUAUAUCCUGAGACAACUCCAAAAUCUGAUAGGAUGGACAUAACAAUUGGUAAUGAUAAAGGUUUAGAGAUAUAUAGUAAUCAAUCAUCCGCGUAUACUUUGUGUACAAUCCCUCCCCUUUUUAUUCCUAUAUAUUCCUUUAAUGUGCCUAACGAGAUAGCAAGCGCUUCAAUGGCUAAUGCAAAUAACAGUGGUGAUAAAGGACAUCCCUGUCUUGUAGAGCGAUUCAGUGGAAAGUAAUCGGACCUAAUAUUGUUUGUUCGUAAGGAGGUCUGGGGUUUAGUAUGUAAUAGUCUAAUUAGGGAAAUAAAUCCAAAGACGAAUCAAAACCUUGACAGGGCUGAGAAGAGGUAGUCCCACUCAACCCUGUCGAAGGCCUUCUCCGCAUCCAAAGAUAACAGUAUCUCCAGAAGUUGGUUUUCUGUUCCCUGGGUUUAAAUUAUGUUAGAUAAUCUUCUGAUAUUGAAAAAAUAACUAUCAUUUAUGAAUCCAGUUUGGUCUUCAGAGUCUUCAUGGCUUUUCAAGUGAGCACCAUGGAGGAAUAGUGUGUGAGCAGGGCACAGCAGCAAGCUCUGUUAUGUGUAACCCAUCUCCUGUACACCAGUUACCACAACAGCCCAUGUUUAUUGCUAGCUGCAGUAGAAAUGGGUUUCUUUUUUGUAUUAUGUCCUGUAUAAUGUUUUUGGCUGUUUGAUGGCUCUUAUUUUUUGGACAUUGUGAAAAUGUCUUUGUCUUUUAGUGGAUGCUUGUAAAGGUGAAUUCCUCAUGAGGUGAUCACAGAAUGCAUGGAGAAGUGGGUGUAUCAUCUAGCCAAUUCACACCAACACAACAUUCAGAUGCUUUUGUUCAGUCACCUGCUUCUUUCUUUUUUCCCUUCUGAAGUACCUUAUAAUGUUUACAAUUGUAUUGCAAGGGUGUUGAGGUCUGUGCUUUCCCAUUUAAUGUGAGACACUUGUGUAUGUACCAUAUCUCUGAAAAGCACUUUUUAGCUGCCAGAGCAGUUUUGUCAUUUCCAUAUUUCGCUGAUACUGUGUUGUUUAUACUGGAGCUCUGUAAAACCCAACAUUUUGUGCACUGUAAUUUAACUCUCAAAUGACAUGGGGGACUUUGCUGACCACUGUUUUAACUGAGCCAGAAUGCUGUCAUUAGUUUGAAGCCAGACUGCUGCACUAAAUGAUGAAAUUAAGAAUUAAGAUAAAUUAAGAUAAGCCUCUGGAACAAUGGUGAUUAACAAUAAAAUAAUGCUGCAACUAGAGUUCAAUCAGCCAAUACAAAUAAUAGACAGGUCCAGUGUGACACAGCAGAGGAGCAUGAAUAAAAAGGUGAUCAGGAAGAAAUGUGGACAGAGUGAAGAAAGCACAAACAUACUCAUGUUCUCCAAAUGAAUAUAAGUGAAUAGCAUGGGUUGAUGUUCUGUCAUAAACAAGCACUUACAAAUGUACAAGUUUAAUCUCAUCAUGUUUGGCAUUUCUGCCUUGCAUUUAGGGAUUUCAUUUGUGAACAUACAUUAAUGUACAGAAAGAAAGAUUUUGUGCCAAUAUUGUGUUUUGAUUAAAGAAAACGACAGGAUACCUCAA